AUGGCAUCCCAGCUGAAGUUUAAAGUUCCAUUUGUUAGUUUAUUCCUUGUGUAUUUGGUUGGGUGGGCAAAUGCGGCCGGAGAAUGUGGUCAUACGCCGAUAAAUGCGGCGGCCACUAGCCUGAGCCCUUGCCUUGUUGCAGCUUCUAAUGUUAGGGCAAAAGUGCCUCCAUCAUGUUGCACCAAAGUUAUUGCAUUGAUAAAGAGUGCUCCUAAGUGCCUUUGCACCGUUCUCUUAUCGCCUCUUGCGAAAAAGGCGGGUAUCAAACCCGCUAUAGCCAUCACUGUUCCAAAGAGAUGCAACAUCAGGAAUCGACCUGCUGGAAAGAAAUGUGGCCGUUAUACCGUCCCAUAA